GUGAAGUGGCGCACCGUUGGCCUUGCAGUUUGCUCCUGGGGCGUGCCGUAUAGAAUCCACCUUGCACAUACACCCACAGUACACACGCGCACAUGGGCACACGCAUGUGUACACACACGGUACACACAGGCACACGCACGCACACGUGUCCCCAGGAUAUGCACGGAAUGCUGUCUGCAGGUGGCAUCAGUCACUGGCUGGGUCAGGGCCGGCUGUGUGCUUGUUAGAAAAGGAGGCGGAUGUUCCUCUCAGACCCCUGGACAGAGGGACAGCGAGAAGAGGGGCCAGGGGGCAGCUUACCACCUGCUGCUGAGAAAGGACUUCGACUCCCGGAAGCCGGUUAGGCACAGAAUGUUCUGUGUCUCUAGACCGUAGCUGGGGUCACUUUGGGGAUGGCACCUGAAGGUUGAGUUGAGAUAGGAAGAUGUUAUUUUCUGUAUUUUUUGGAUGCUUGGUGGUUUUUUCAUUUUGUCAAGCAUAUGUGCUCUUUUAAAAACCUGAACAAAGCAGGCGACAGCUGACUCAGAGAUCCCAGGGGAGCCAGCUGCUGUGAGGCUGGACGGGUGAGGCCGGCAUGGGCACAGCCCUUCGCGAGGUGCAUCCAUGGUCCCCUCCUCUGUUACCCAGGAGAGUCACAGCCCAAGCAGUCUGCUCUAAGGGGCAAUUGGCCCCUGCCCUUGCUGCCCAUGGCUGGCCUCUGAGGCCACCUGCUCAGCCAGGGUCCUCCGGCUAUGGAUGGAUAGAAGUCCUCCUUGGGGGAUGUCUUGGCCCCACUACAAUUUCAGGGUAGGGGUCAGGGGCCAAUUUCAAGCCCCCCUUGCUGGCCCAGGGGCUGGGGCAUCUCAGGACACUUGAGACUGCCUCACUGGGCUGAGUGGCCCACCUCCUCUCUGUCCCCAACUACCCCCUCCUGCUCUCUCCCACAAUUUAAAACCAGUGCACUCCUCCCCAUGGGUUGCUAGCUACUUAUGGCCUUGCCUGGUUCCGGGGCCUGACUGGACCUGAUGCCCAGGGCUGCUCCUGGCUGUGGGGCUGCCUUGGAGCUCCCAUCGCCUCCUCCUGCCUCACUGGCACCGAGAGCUGGCUCUGUCCCCAUGGCCAUCGCCAUGGCCACUAUUCCACUGUCCCUGGCUGGGCACCCAUGGGCAGCCCUGAGGUGUCCACGGCACAGGACAGAUACUAUGCUAUGGAUGCCUGACAUGCGGCAUGGUGGAGCUGCCCGAGGCCCUAGACAGCUCGUCUCUGCCCGUCUUCCAUCUUUCCGAGGUCAGCAGAUGGCUCCUGGUGGUCAGCCUCUGACCCUCUGGAAGCCAGGUUUGAGGCUGGUGUUUUUCCAGCUGCUUCUGGACUGGAGGUUGGGGCUGCCAUAGCCAGCAGCCUGGUCAAGGAAGUGACAGUGACUGGAUGUGGGAGAUAGGUGCUAGCAUUUUCCAUUGGUGUGAUCUCGAGGACAGUGGACACCAUGAAGAUGGGGUGCCUCUCACUCCCACCAGCCUCCUGCUGGGCAUUUGUUCCUGGAGCUCACAGUGCUGAGGGUGGGACAUACUGUUUUCUCUGCUUUCCCUUUGCAUGUGAUGGCUCACUUCUUGAUUAUGCAACCUGGGGGGCAGGGGCCUCUCUGACACCCCCCCAACUUUUCUUCUGUCGUCUUGAAGUUGAUGGUGACUUUGAAUCCGUGAAGCGCAGCACAGCCAGGCAAAGUGGAGCAUGGGACAGGAAGCCUGCUGGCGCACACCCUGUUCAUGAUGAUAAAACGUGCACUCAUAGAGACAAGAUUUCCUGAAUUUUCAUACUUCCAGAAAGAACUGUUGGAGCUGGCAGGAAAAUCUGACAAAACCCUGUCAUGUCUGGGUAGACGACAGGCCUCUCCGAAUCUGGAGGUUGACGCAGGCUGAAAGCUGUGAGGACCUAGACUGUCUGGACGGCACCACAGGUCCUCGGGCUGCGGGCUGCGGGCAGCGUGGCCUCCUGCCUUCGGGGAACACGUUCCUAGCAGCCAUGGGACAUCACGGAAUCUGGUGGAGUGCACGUCAAGGCCGAGCACGUGAAUUCUGCACUGUCCAGAUCCUCAAGGCCACGCACGCAAAACAUCACAUAAGGAGAAAGGAAGCCGGGGGUCAGGAAUGUCAGCAGGACAAAGCCCGUCUCUUGAGCCCCGAGCCCUGGGCCUGCCUCUCCUCCUUGCUGGCCCUGGUCCAGAGGUGUGCAAAUAGCUGGGACAGUGGCCCAGAUAUCAGAUGACAUCCCUUUGUUUCCGGGCAGAGUGUGCAGUGCCCAGAGCUGCCUUCUGGGUUCUGUGGCCAUGGGCCCUUGGGACAGUGAGAGAGAUGGGUUGCAGAUGGGUCUGAGUGUGACUGGAAGGAGGGGUGGCACCCGUUUAGCCAGGCCACUUGUAUACUCGGCUCCCUCUGGCCUAGAAGCAGAGCUGGGGCAGGAGAUGCUUGGGCGGCAGUGCCCGGCCCUGGGGACUGGCCCCGCUCCUGACUCAGGCCUUGGGGGGGAAGUUCCCGUGCCCGGUGCAAAGCCAAGGCCCAGGGGGGUGCCACCUGUGGGGCCCUCUGUGGACGCUGCUGGGUGACCAGCUGGCAGAGGUCCUGGCGCUCACUCCCCUGAGCCCGGGCCUGGCGAACGGGAUGUGACCUUGAAUCUCUGGACCGAGCCCCUCCUGCCCGAGGGCCCUGCCAGCCCCUUGCCCACGGCCCCCCUGCCCUCCAGGUUGGGGCAGAACUCCUCUCCCCUAAGCCCCAGGGACAGGAGCCUCCUGCACCCAGACCUGGACGUGAACCCAGAGGAGAUCUGACCCUCAUCUCCUCUGCUUUCCCAGUGGCGCCGGCCGCAUCCUGGGGUGCUGGGCAGUGCCAAGGGAACACGUGGCCUCCCCGGCCUCCCCUCCCGCCUGGGUCUGGCCCAGAGGCCGGCCAUCCCCAUGGGACCCAGGCCACAUGUCUGGCGCAGGAGCCACAAGUGUGAGCAGGGCUGGUCUGGGGGAGGCAGAGCUCACUCAGCACGUGGUAAACGGUAAACUCCCUUAUGCGAGGUGGCCCCCAGGGUGGGGUGGUGUGGGCCUGAAGCUGGCAGGCACGGAGGUGACCUCGGGUCCUCAGGGUAUGGCUGUGCCGUGCCUGACCCCAGAUUUGGCUCACAUCUUCCUGGUGUUCCGUCUGCCCCUUGGGUCUGCUGGUGAGUGAUCUGGAGCCCCCCAGACCUUGGUCUCUUGGGGCUCCGGGUCUGGACCCAUGGGUCACAGGUGGCCCCCUCUCUCCGGCCCUGAGCCCACCUGGGCCCUGUCUGGGGUUGGGGGCUGCCACUGCAUCUGUCACGUUGCUUUGUCCUGUUCUGCUCCCCCAGCCCUCCUCUGAGCAGUGGGGUGCAGGGAAGGGACCCUGGGCCCCCCACUUCAGCCCAUUCUUCCUGCCCAGGUCUGGGGAGCUGGGACCCUAACUUGAGAGCACGGUGCCCCUGGGCCCCAUCAUCUGUAAGUGCUGAGAUGGGAGAGGGGACUCCCAGACACUCCUGGUGACAGUACUGGAUGUUUUGGGGGCUGGGCAGGAAGGGAGCAUUCCCUCCAAAGGUGGAGCAGGCGUCCCCUCAUGACUCCCAGAGGGAGGAAUGCGGAGGGUGCAGGGAAUGUCCAGGUGGAGAGCUGCCCACUGCCUGCCGUCCGCACCAUGACCUGGGGUUGCAGGCGGAGGUAAGCAGGGGUGGAGGCCGUGGGGCACCCUAGGCGAGUGGGGAGGGGGCUGCGGCUUCCUGGCUGAGGGUCUCUGAUGCCAGUGAGGCCAGGCCUGAGCAUCUCUGGGAGCCUGUGUCCAUGCUGCCCCCCGGCCUCCCCUGGGGUGGCCUUUGGUGGGUGACACUGCUGUCCUCCAUCCAGGCCCCUUCUCAGGAUAGACGCCAGGGGCCUGUGGCGUUGCAGGCAGUGGCAGUGGGCCUCCCUCCUAGGCUGGCCAUCUCUUCUGGCUGCUGGGCGGCCACCCUGGUCCUGCCUGCAGGGUCACCAGCUACAGGGCAGAAGGCACAGGCCCCUGUGGGUUCCAGGGAGACAUCUACCCCAUGUGGGGGCCCCUGUGGGACUGAACAAGAAGCCCCGUCCUCUCACUGUUCUGGAGCACAGGCUGCCCAAGGUGCUGUCCCACCCUCAUCCCACCCGUGGGCCUCGGAGGGUCAGAGGAGGGACAUCAAGAGCCUGCCCAAGACCCCCUAGCCAGGGGUGGGAGGGGGAGGAGGUAGGGUUCAGGGGGUCCAGGAUAGACUCUUGAUGACAGUGAGGGGGUGGAGGGACGUGAAGGGGCCGGUAUGGCUCCCGAGACCGCAACUCACAUGAAGAGGGAUGUGAGUGUGCGGAGAGGGGCUGAGGUGAAGGGACCUGGCUCAGCUUACAGUUGUUAGCAGGACAACGAGGGCCCGUUUCUCCUCCAGUCUUCUGUGUUCACAGCCUCCAGCAGGCAGGUGGGUGGGAGGUGGACCAAGGCCGCCAAGAUGGCUGAGUACUUGCUGGUACAGACAAGGCUGCACAUGGCCACUGAGGACUGGCUGCUCCCUAGCUCCAGUUGCCAUGGGGGUGCCAAUUUGCUCCGGAGAAAGGAGGGCCGAGUCCCCGCUGUCCCCAGGGCUGGCUCAGCUCCCGCAGCUGUGGGGACAGCGUUGCACCCUGGCGGUGUCCCCUCUCUGCCCUGCGUCCCUAGGGCCCCUGUCCGGGCAGCUCCCAUGGGCACUGAUGUGCUCGCUCGUGUCUCCUCUCCUGGAGCCCCCCCAACCCUGGACUGAGCAGUCAGGAGUCGUGUGUUCUGCCUCAUCCCCCACCACCUCCCUCCUCCCUUUGCCGGCUUCCCCAUCCCCCACUGACCUUGUGGUCAGUCCUUGGUCCCCUUCCUCCUCAACUGUCAGCUGCCCUUGGCAGCCAAGCCCCCUAAGAUCCUCCCAUUCUCCUCCCACCUCCUCCUUCCCACCUCCUCCUGAGUCUCCUUAGCUGCCUCUUCCUCUCCAGCCUCCCAGCCCUGAGGCUAGGCCCUCUCACCACUUCUCUCUUCUGUUGGCGGCUCCUGCAGGGUCCUCUGGGGGCUGGUGGCUUUGGACACCACGUGCUAAUGGCAGCAGCUGUGGCUUCCUGCCAGGCCUCGCUCCUGGACCCGGCUUACAGCUCUUGGCUUUCUCCACAGGCCCCACGGCCCUGACCCCAGCCCCCUGUCACCAUCUGUGCCAAUACCCCAGGACUCGGAGCCAGGCCCCCACUUAAGUCUCCAGGGCAGGUGGUCCUGUGAUUCCCUGGCCUCAGGUUGGAACUCUGGGGCUUCUCGGGGUCUCAGCACAGCAACUAUUUCUCCUGGGCCCCAUCACCAGGUGUCAAAGGGCCUGAGAACUUGAUCUUGUGAGAUGCGGCUGCUGACUAUGCUGGAGGGUUGGGUUAGGGUGAAGGUUAUAGCAAACAAUAAAUUUGGAGGAAAGUAAUCUGACGGCCCCAGCAGGAGGGGGAGUGGGGUCUUGGCACUUCUGUCCUGAGGCAUCCCCCAUGCUGGAGGGUCCUGGCCCUCACUGGGGGCUCCUUUCUGUCUGUAAAUGGAUGGACAUUUGGCCACUCUUGGUUGGUCAUUCAGAAUACUCCUUUCCCUGACAGGGGAGCCCCAUGCCCCGUGUGCUCCCUGAUGAUUUAGAGGAAUGGCACUUCUCGGCCGUAAUGUAAUGAUGGCUGUUUCCCUGGCUUAUCUGCUCCACCCUGGCUCCCUGAGGAGCUGCGCAGACACCUGCAUCCCUGCCCAGGGAGGGGCGACCCAGAGAAAGCAGAGGAACCCUCAGCUCUUGUAGCUGGGAGGACCAGGUGUCCUUUGGACCCAAUGACCCAAACCUUCCCCUGGGGCUCCCUGCUGUGGAGAGAGGACUGAGAAGGGCGAGAGAGCAGGACACUGUGGCCAGGAUGGGAUGGAGGGGGGACCCUGGGACCAGAGGGGAGGAGUGCCUACAGACGGCCCGGGGUCUGUGGCCACGCCCCUCCCUCAGUGGGAACCCUUCCCAGGGGUGCUGGAGAGUCACUGUCGCCGCUCCCUGUCUCCAUCCAGUACAUAUCACAUGGCUGGGUCUGGGGGCUAAGCCAGCACCUCAGGCCCAACGGCCUCUUGGAAUGGCCACACUGUGUGCUGUUACAUCAGUGAGUGUCUGAAAUGUUCCACAAGGACUUGCAUACCCUCCCCUGUGAAAGGCUCCUUGUGGGAGAGCAAUCCACCCGUGUGGCCGUGGCUUUGUGGUGGACCGAUGCCCUCCCCCUUGACCUUGGGCUCGGCCAUGUGGCUUCACUACCCGGUGAGAUAUGAGGGGCGGCAAUGCAGAGAGCAUGAGAUGUGGUCUCAGUCUCCCUGAGAUUCUCCAUGGAAGGAGCAUACCUGGGUGGCUUCUAGGGACUGAAGUAGAACGUCAGCAGAGGCACAGCCCCCGGCCCUCAAGCAUGAGGACACAUGCUUGCUGUUGAGCCACCGAGGAUCAGGGUGGUUUGCGAUGCAGCGUUGGUGGGGGAAUUGCUGACGAAUACAGCAACAAUGCAGACAGUUCAACUGUGCAGUAGUCUGGGCGCCUCAUUUGGGUCUGCUUCCUGGAUUGUUGGCGAGGGAGGGUACCGUCUGUGGACUGCUUCCUGCCGUUCUCUGGCCGUGUUCGCCUUUUCUCUUUUCAACACCCUCCGGCCGUCACAGAAGUGAAAGGCAUGGUGCUUGGCUCCCACUCCCCCAAAGCAAAGCCCCUCCCAGAACCUCCCCGGGACAAGAGGCGGGGUCUCGUCCUCCUUCCGCCCUUUUAGUGGAGGAUUGUCCUGGGAGGUGGACCCCCUGCCCUCCAAGCCGUGGCCCCUGGGAGCUCCUGGGGAGAGUGUGAUGCAGCGCGCACACCGGGUGAGAUGCCCCUACAUCCGAAAGGGCAGGGGGAUCUCCGGAGCCUGCCUCCUCCCACAGCACCUCUCUCCUCCAAGCCCCUCAGCCCAUCCCCCUUAUUUCUAUUGCACCCUCUGUGCCAGUCACUGGCCAGGGCAGUGGGGCUGCCAAAGGGCUCAGAGUGGCACAGAGAGGGGGCCUGGUGGGAGGGCGGCCCAUGGGCCCAGCCUAAGGACACACCAUUGGUGCUCGGCCACAGCAAUGUCCAAGUGUGUGUGGGGAGGUGCUGGCCUGCUCCUGGCUCGCUGAUAACCAGGGCCGCCCUGGUGUGGGGAGGCCUCCAUGUGUACCCCCUAUUGUGCUAUGUGGAUAUUUGUCUUUUUCUCUUGGACUUAACCCUUGGUCAAAAUGCUGCUAAUAUUUCCCCCAGUCUGCAUUUGUCUUUGAAUAUUUAUUUCCUGAAGAAAGAAACGAAUUUUCAUGUGGUCAAAUCUACUAAUAUUUUUGUUUUCUAUUGCGGUGUCCUCUUUUGAAAGUUCUUUCCCAGCCCCAGAUGUAAAAAACAGUUAAAUUUUCUCAUUGUAUAAAGCCAGCUUUCAAGAAGAGAGAGGAGAAAAGCUCUUAAAUUUGGUCUCAUAAUUCCCUUAUUCAUCCUCAAAGCUGUCGACUGACGCUCAACUGUCAUUUCACACACGAAGAAUUGCGUCUGGUCCUGAAUUCUGGAUCCAGGGGCCCUCAAUGGUGCCCCCAGCUCCCUCUGAGCCCACCCUGGGCCCACUGAACCCUGGGGGUGGGCAGGUGAGCAGGUGGGAGCCCGGUGGGCCAGCCCUCCACCGUGGCUGAUCUUCCAGCCGCGACCCGGGACGGGAGGCCUGUAGAGAAGCCCAGACUCUGUGCCAGCGCCAGCCAGGGCCCAGGGAAAGCCAGGUUUUUCCUGAGACUCAAACGUUAAGCCCUCUGACAGGGGUGAGGUGGAGGGCGUGGCUUCACACCUGAGCUACAGGUGACCUGCUCUGGGAGUCAGGUUCAGACUCUGUGCAGCGCGGCACCCAGCUGGUGCCUGUGUCCAGGGGCCGCGAGCUGGCAGCGACUGCAGUGGGCAGUGGGCCUGACCUGGACCUGCCAGCAUGCUGUUCACGCUGGGCGGCAUGCAGAGGUGCUUCUGGGCCAUCCUCCUCCUGGCCCUGACCCUAUUCCUGCUGGCCACCUUCCUGCACGUGGACAUUAGACUGCACACACGCCUGCUCUCAGGUGAGGCCAAGGGGCCACCCGUCACCAACGUCAUGUUCCUCAAGACGCACAAGACGGCCAGCAGCACGGUGUUCAACAUCCUCUUCCGCUUCGCAGAGACGCACAACCUGUCGGUGGCGCUGCCCACUGGCUCCAGCUUCCACCUUGGCUACCCCUGGCUCUUCCUGGCGCGCUACGUGGAGGGGGUUGAGCAGGACGGCCCCAGCCUGCAGCAGCGCUUCAACAUCAUGUGCAACCACCUGAGGUUUAACCUGCCGGAGGUGCAGAAGGUCAUGCCCAAGGGCACUUUCUACUUUUCCAUCCUCAGAAACCCCAUCUUCCAGCUGGAGUCCUCCUUCAUCUAUUACAAGAACCACGUCCCCGCCUUCCAGGGCGCGAAGAGCCUGAACGUCUUUCUGGCCUCGCCCUGGGCUUACUACAACGAGAGCCUCGGUCUGCAGAACGUCUAUGCCAGGAACAACAUGUGGUUCGACCUGGGCUUCGACAACAACGCACCGGCUGAGGAGAGCUAUGUGCGCGCUCGCCUGGCGGACGUGGAGCAGCGCUUCCAGCUGGUGCUCAUUGCCGAGUACUUCGACGAGUCCAUGGUGCUGCUGCGGCACCUGCUGCACUGGCGGCUGGACGACGUCGUGUCCUUCAGGCUCAACUCACGCAGCCAGCGCAGCAUCACCAGCCUGACGCCCGAGAGCCAGGAGCGCGUGAAGCGCUGGUGCGCCCUGGACUGGCGCCUCUACCAGCACUUCAACCGCACCUUCUGGUUCAGGGUGGGCGCGGAGCUGGGCCCGCGGCAGCUGCGCUCCGAGGUGGCCCUGCUGCGGGCGCGGCGGCGCGAGCUCACGGCCCUGUGCCUGCAGGACGGCGAGCCCAAGAACGACUCGCAGAUCACGGACCCCCGGCUGCGCCCCUAUCAGGCGGGCAAGGCCGACAUCCUGGGCUACAACAUCCGGCAGGGCCUGGACAAUGAGACGCUGCAGAUGUGUCUGAGGAUGGUCAUCCCCGAGCUCCAGUACACGGCCCACUUGUACGCCCUGCAGUUCCCAGAAAAGCCCCCCAAGAGCAUACCCCUCCGGGGGCCAUAGAGCGUUGGCACCAGGGAGAGGGUCCCUGUUUGACACCAGCCCAUCUCCUGUCAUCCCUGGGAGGCCAUGGGCAUAGCCUCAGGCUAGGAGAGGGGCUCCUGGGGCACCCGGGGACCCAGGCUGUGCCAGACCACUGCUCUUGAGGGUGAAGACGCCUGUGAAGAGACCCACCCGCUCUGUCCACCUGCAGGCAACCUGUUGGUGAAGGCCCAAAUCUGGGACCAGAGGCAUGCCUCCUCGAGGACGUGAGCCUGUUCAUCACCUGGAAGAGUCCUACAAGGGAGGAAAGGGAGUGACAUUUAAUGACACGUCCACACCCUCCCCACAGAAAGCACACGUGUGGACACACUGCCCAGCGGAAGAACACAAGCCCAGGGAAUCUGGAGGGCCUUGGGCAGCAGGGCCGGGUCCCUGAAGGAGCUCGGAGUGGCUCCCUGCUGUUUGCCGGCCACGGAGACACGGCGCUGGUCACUGAGACACAGACCCAUGGGCAGUGCUUCGAAGACGGGCCCCGGGAGCCGGGACGAGGGGGCGGGGUCUGGGACAUUUGACUUGGGAUGCUUAUUCCCAAUGGGUUUAGAGUGAGAGAUGUUCCGACUCCUUAUGAGACCCACGGUUUAGCCAGAGCACAGGCCAAGUUCCCGUUAGUCCCCCCGAGUGUCCAGUGAAGGGAAAGCCUGCCAGAGGCUCGGGCAGCUGCUGCACCCUUGGUUGCCAUGGAGACCACGUUGGAUGCAGUCUCAGAGGAGGGCAGCUUCCAGGCGCCCCUCUUUGUCAUUCAUGGGGAGGGACUGAGGACACCCUGCCUGGCAGGACGUGACCCCUGGCUGAGUCGGGGUGAGAGUGGCAUGCACUCACCGUGUCAGGUGCCAUGUGCCCUUUGAAAAGCGGCCGCCUAGAGCACCCAGGAAGCAGAGCCACUGUCACAGCUCAGCCUGGGCCUGUCUGCCCGGCUCUGGGAGUCCCCUUCCUUCCCGUCAGGAUCCUCAGCCUGUCGGCUGGGCCCGGGCACUUGCGGAGUGCCCCUGUGUCCAGGCAUGUCCACACCUUUCAGGGGAGCCCGCAUUUCAGAGAAGGAGGGGACUCUGAGACAAGCAGAGCAGGCGGCAGCUCCCUUGCACACCAGUAGUGGAGGGAACAUUGAGAAGAACGAUUCUAGUGAGAGUAGAGGACAUGGUGCAGUGAAUUUGAGAAUAAAAGAGAAUAUUUGAUGAAAAAAAUGACUUCCAAAAAAUGGAAUAGAGACCGUGACGAAUAGGAUGGACACUGCACAGAGGCGGGGUCAGCCAGGAGACAGUGCGGAGGAUCACCAUCCACAACCCCCAGGACGACGCAGCGGGAGACCCUGAGGGCGGGCGGGAAGGGAAAUCAGGCCCAGGAAGGAGUCCCGACAGGAGAGCCAGGGCGACUGAUGAGACCCUACAGGCAAGCGAGGAAUGGGAAAACUGUCCCGAUCUGAGGAAAGACAAGAGUCAAAUUCAGUGCCCUGAGCAUCGGGCAGGCUCCUCCAGCCCCCAAAGGAAACUAGACUGCGCCGCAGCUAACAGGGCGAGCGUGCGAGUCCAGGAUAAGGAGAAGACGCGGCUGCUCCUAGAAACGGAGACUGGUCUCAGGAGACGGAGAGAGAGGCUCAGACCACAGCGUCAGGUCCACAGGCACCGACCCACCCUCUGUGGCACCGAACUCAAGAACAUGAGUGGCGUCGGCAGUUCAGUGGCGUCAACCUUUGAGGUUGGCAGGAAUGUAGGCUGGUGCUGCCUUUUGGGAGGGGAACAUGGGGGUAUUUAUUACAAUGUACAGUGCACGCGGUAAUAGAGAGCUUCGGCGACACUGUGUUCAGGUUCUCCAUCCAAAGGGAACGUUUACCCUGCUGAAGCCCCCACGUAGCCAAUAAAAGCCAGGGGUUCAGAGUCUGGCUGAAACUCCUUUCCCGACGGGCAUUUCCAGGCCUCUGUGAUCCGGGGUUAGGGUGGGUGACCAGGAGGGGUAUGCUCGACCCAGCCAGUGAUGCCAUGGCUGUGGGGGGAACCCAGGAGGCAGACCCUCUGAUGUUUCAAAAGAAGCUGGGAAUACAGGU